GUCUAUCUUGGUGGCCAUGUUGUACGCCAUCUUUGCAGAGGCUACUUUCAGGAGAAGAUUGUCAUGAUUCGUUCGAAAUGCCGAAGGAUAAGCAUGAAAAUAAUGAUGUUCGAAGAAAUUAUACUUUGAUGAGUCCCGAGGAUGUAGCUAACGGCAAAAAGUCGAAAUGGACAGAACUGGAAAUUACGGCUACGAUUCGUAAUUUGAGCCCGUCAUUAUGGCGGUUGGAUUUCUUAACUGCGUUGUUCUUAAACGACAAUCAUCUCACAAAGAUUCCUCCAGAAAUCUCCAAGCUUGCUCAGCUCAAGCACUUGGAUUUAUCAUCGAAUAAACUACGAAGUUUGCCCAGCGAACUUGGAGAUCUGGUCACAUUACGUGAGCUCCUUUUGUGCAACAAUAGUCUGAGGCUUUUACCUAACGAACUCGGAAAACUUUUCCAGUUACAAACCCUUGGAUUGCAAGGAAAUCCCUUACCACAGGAUGUUUUAACUAUAAAUGAGGAAAAAAAUGGAACAGCCAAACUUCUAGGCUAUAUGCUGGAUAAUUUAGCGGGUAAGUAAACUUAGUGUAAACAUCUGAAGAAGCGAGAGUUUUUGUGGUGUCAAUUCUAUAUUUAUCACUGUCAGAGUAAGAUCUUGACCCAAAUAGUCUCGCUUCUUAUUUUAUUUCAACUUCAACAGUCUUAUCUGUUGUUUUUUCUCAAGGUAAGUUGUCUGUUGGACAGAACUGAAUUAUUUGCUUGCGAACGGUGUUUUCUUUGUGUGUGGCACGAGGUUCGUUCGCAUAAUAGCGUUCACGAGGCAUCGAAUUUGCGUUAUAUUGAUCGUUCUUUUCAAAGAUUCGGUAGUACUUUCGUGAGCAAUAUAUUUCAUAUGAAACUCUUAGGCAAAUUCUACAGUCAACAAACUGAGAUCUUAGUCUAAUCCUUAUGUUAAACAUCGUAAGUUUAUCGUGAUCGAGGUCGUUUGUAUUAAGAAAACGAAAGUAGACCCUCUUGGCUCAACGAACAAUAACCGUUUGAAACCGCCAUUUUUAGUAGUAGCCCCACUUUCAAGCCACAAUGGAUUGCUUUGUGAUAGCUGUUGAAUCAAUCUUAAGCUUAAAAGAUGCAAUCGGAGGGUUAUCUCUUGUCAUUUGUAUAGUUAUUCCUGUGUAAUUUAUUUUCAAAGACUGCAUAAAUGAUGGACUUUCGGCAGUCCGGAAGUAGAUUUGUGCAACUUAUUUUCUAUGUUGGUUAAUUUUCUUUUUCAUUAUCUCCGCUUAAUUAAUGUCAUUUAGGAUUUAUUCUUGAUCAUGUUGCUGUAAAGGGAUAUUUUGAUUCUCAAGCAGCAAACCUGUAUGUAAAAUGGGUUUCAAGAUUAUUUACCUGGGACUGAUUUUAAUUUGGGCUGAGUGGGUCUUAGUUUAUUUGACAGAAAGGUCACUAGAUUUGAAAACAAUCUCUCUAUGGAAAGUCCAUGUAUUGGUUAAUGUUUUCAUUCUUUAAUUUUAGCAAUUGAAUUCAGUGAGUUUGUACUAAAACAGGCUAAAAAAAGAAUUUGAUGUCAUCUUAAAGUUUAAUAUAAUGUCAAUUCACAUGCAUCAAAGUUAGCAUCUUCCUGUAAAUUCAAGAUGUAGCUUUUCCAUUUUGCCCUCCUCUGGUUAGGAUUACUUUUUGGUAUUUUGCUCUUUGCUUCUUCAUUGAAUUGAAAGUUGGCAUAGUUUAAGGUACCUUUUAACCCAUAAAAUUAUUUCCAAACAGUUUGAGAGGGUUUUUGUGGCAACAGCAUUUUCAAUGUUGUUUUAUGCACUAAAAAAUCAACGGAUGCUUCAUUGAACCCCUUUGUGGCAGAAUUGAUUUAAAGUUUUUUUAUUUGCCUUAAGUUUUAUAGAUCAGUUAAUUUUUUAGACCAGUUCAGAUGUCCUCUUUUAGUUUCUUUUUUUUUUCUUUUGAAGUACAGUUGCCUCUGUUCUCUUUUCAAGUUUGAGUUUGGUAAGCAUCACAAGAGAUAAUGAAAAUAAUGAUAUCUGUAACAUGUCAGUGCACCAAGUUGUAACCAUUUUUGUUACCAUGGCAAGUGAAAAAUAUCUUGGAAAAAUCUAUUGAUGUUUGGUUGAAUUAUCAAACAAAUAAAUGCUAGGAACUCUUGUCUUUCCCUUUUUUCACCUUGCCAUUCCACAACUCCCACAUACUAGUAAACCUAAAAUGAUUGUAUACUGAUUUGAAGCCAAACUGUAAUUGUAUAUCCUUCUGAGGAGCAAAACUUACACCCAUUGGGGAAGAGCCUGUUUCUUUGUUGACAUGCUUCAAGGAAAGUGGGUGAUUUGCCAUGCUGGUCAGCCCUUUGGCAGCAAAAUCUAGGCAAAAUCAACGUGAAAGGAUUUACCAUAAAUUUAUGAUAAAUUUAUUUUGUUGGAGAGUAUGUCUGUGGGACAGUCCUAGAGAGUAAAAUCUGAAGAUCUUAAAUUUUCCCUUUGGAAAGAACAAUUUAGAGCUAGAUACGAGUGAAGCUGUCAAGUGUAAAUGAUUUUGCAAGUGUUGUGUUCAGAAUCUUGUUCCAAAAAGAUAAAUUAAAGCAAUCUUCAAGGCUUUUCUUUAACAGGAAUGGCCAAAAAUUGAAUUGCCUUUUUAUUUUCAAGAAACAUGAGAUAAAUGAGGGGUAAACUGAGAUAAUAGGUUUUCAGAUCACUCUUGCUAGUCACUGCCAGCUUCUGUCUCACAUUGCGCAAAUUUUCAGGCAAAAAGCAAAAGUAGGUGAAUACAGUAGAAUCCCACUAACUUAAACUCCCUUUUAAACACGAGCAAUUUUUUUGUUUUCCUUGGGAAUUUGAGUUAGCAGGGUUCUACUCUAAUACCUAAUCAGAGGCUUCUGAAGGGUUGCUAGCAGUCAGAAAAGAGUGUGAAGAAAUUAGAAGUGAGCCUAGGUUUUCUUGUCAAUGAAGAGCUGUCAGAGACAGUAAACAUGAUAAAAUUUCAGAGAGUAUGAACAAAUUUUGUUGGUGAAAAGUAUCUUGCAAUAACUUUUAUCACUUUUUCUAAGAAUACCCUCCAAACAGCUUUGAUUCCAGAUGAACAAUGCGGUUUACGAGCCAUCAAAGUUAUCAGGACUGUGUCCCUCUUAGCUGAGCAAUAGACCAAAAUCGUUUUAAACAUUAUUUGUCACCUGACCUCAGCAACUUUGUAUGAAAUUGUUUCCACCACCAGACAUCACAGUAUCUUCUUUCUCAUUCUUUUGCUUGUAAUUACUCAAGUAUCUAUUGGCGAGUGAGUAGACAUACCAAUUUAGCUCAUGAAAUUAUAAAAUAUUGCAGGUGCAAGUCCUAUCUAAUUCCCAAGGGGCUGCUUUGGUAGAAAUCCUUAUGUAUGCACAGCUGUGCUUUCAUAAAAUGAUGUGUGCAGAUGGAAACUUGCACUUCAGUUGCAAGUUUCCAUGGAGUUUAGCUGUGGGGUUUCAAAAUUUUCAAGACUGUUUUUUUUACAUCCUGAUAAAAUAGACCUUUUGGAGCUCAAAAUGAAAAGUAAAUCAUUAUGUCAAUACAUAUACUUAUAAUGCUUCAUUCCUGAAUGUGAUGCAAAUUAUGGCUGGAAAGAACAAAGUGAUCCUCCUGACCUCAAGUGAGGCUUUGUGACAUAGGGGACACUCCUCUAGAACAGUAAAUUGAUAUUUUGUGUCCUAAAAGUGUUGUUCAAUGAAGGAUUUUGGGUUUAAUUGUAAAUGCAAGAAAUAGGUUCAACUAUAGCUUCCUAUUAGCAAGUUUACAAUUCUUUGAAUAAAGCUUUGGCCUCAAAUAUUUCUUGGUUGUUUUUACCUUGUCUUUUAUUCAUAGGUAGAUCGAGAUCAUUCUGGUAAACUUAAUGCAAUAAUAAUUGAAAUCGUUCUUCAAACACAAGUAGUUUCUGCUAUCAUAUAUUAUAAAAGAAAUUGGUUCAUGCUUUUAGCUGAAGGUAUAUCAAGUUAUGGAUUCACCUGGGAAGUUUGGAUAGCACUCAAGAAGCUAGUGUUGCUCUCUGUUGUACCUUGAGCAACUCUUAUGCUUCUUCUGCAUGCAUCCAUAGCUCAAUAUACACAUGCUAAGCAUGAACCAAUUCUUAAGUGUUGCAGGGGAACUGUUUGGCUCUUUACAACUCAUGUAAGGCAACAUGAAGUAUCCUUCCAUAGAUGUGUUAAAUUAUUUUGGUGACCAAAUUUUUUUUUAUCAGUGAAGAGUAUUUUACAGCUGUAGAUUGCCAAAAGGCAACUUUUUGAAAAAGGGAACAUGGAGCCCUGCUGGUACAUGAUAAUACUUUUAACUUGUUAACUCCCAAGCUCUGAAAGCUAAUUCUCCCCUCUAGCUGCUACACAUUUCCUUGUAGAUUGGUAACAAGAAUUUGAUGUUAGAUCAAGAUAACAACCUCUUAUUGAUCAGUUUGAGUAUUCCCAUUACCUUAUUUUUUUCUUUUUUUUUUUGGGUAAUAUAUGGAUAGUAUGUUGUUAGCAAGCUUUUGACAUCCUUUGAAUUUUGUUUUAGUUUGUCCUCGACCACCAGACAGGCAGUGGAUUUCACUACAACCAGACAGGCCUAGGAAUCCUGCAUGUAAGUUGUUUUCUUGUUUACCAAGAUGCUACUUAAACAAAUGGAUAGUCAGUUUGUUUUUUGAGAGGAAGGACAUCCAUGCAGUUACACUUCAGUCUGGUAUAAUUUAUGCUUUUAAAAUAUGCUGCUGAAUAAGCAAGGUUUUCAAACUGAUACAUUGUUUACUCAAUUUGUCAUGGGGUCUCACAAAAACAAAUUGUGCACACAUUAUGUCAUCAUGAUAUACAUGUAAUAUGUACUUACUAAUAUGAGUCUAAAUUCAUACACAUUGUUUUUUUUGUAAAUUCAACAUCGUAACUUUAUAUCACGUUAACCUUGUCUUGUUCUACCAUGAUGAUCUUACAGUAACUGUUGGCUUUCUUUGUUUUCAGUGACCUUCAGUGUCAUGUGCUAUAAUGUCCUUUGUGACAAGUAUUGUACACGGCAGAUAUAUGGCUAUUGUCCAUCCUGGGCCCUUGACUGGGAGUACAGGAAAACAGCAAUCCUGAAAGAGAUUCUUCAUUAUGGUGCUGAUAUCCUAAGCUUACAGGUAUGGUACCAUAUCUUGUUCAAUUAAAACCAAGUACACCAUACAGAAUGUCAGGCUUCCAAACUCAAUUUAGCUGAAAGACUCUUGUAAUGGUGACUUUGAUUUCAUUAAUUAGCCACCUGAAAAAAAAAACUUUUAUCAUUAGAAAACAAAAGGAAAGGGAAUUUUUAUAAAAGAUAAUUACAUGGCUGGCAGUGCUUGUAGGCAACAUGAAGGGAAUCCUGUAUUCUGAUUGGCUACCCUAGCAGGCAAGAUGGGCCCUUCUUGCCUGCUUGGGAUUUUCUGCUUUUAUUCUGCCUAAGAUAAAGAUUGUGCGAAGGGAAUGUAUAGUUUGUAAUGUUUGUAAUGUAUAGUUUAUAGUAAGGUAUAAAGACAGGUGAAACAAAGAAAAUAUAAAUGAUAUUUGGGGUUUAUUGUGCUACAAAUGCAGUUGGCUUUCUUUCCUGGCUCUCAGGAUAAACAAGUCAUUCUUGAUUCUUAGUAAUGCAAAAUCUUUUUGCUAUUUAAUAAAUGUAAUAAAUCUUUUAUUGACCAAGCUUGUGUGGUUAAGAUAGUUGGAUAUUAGCCCUUCUGUUGAUUGUGCAAGAUAGGUAAAAACAUGAUUCUUAUUAAUUAUUAACAAGAUGUUUGAAAUUCAACACCAACCUUGAUAACUGAACUUGGAUUGUUUUGUUUCCCUCAGUAGUUUAAGUUAGCGAGGUUCUACUGUACGCAUUUCUACCAUAUUUGGGCUCAAACACAUGACUUUACUUCAUUCACUUCAAAGGCAGUCACUUAAAACAUGUAGAGAGCAUUUUGUUAAUUAGAUAGGAAUAGAAAACAACAGAGUUUUCUUUUGAUCCCUCUUGCAGGAAAUUGAGACAGAGCAGUUCUAUAACUUUUUCCUUCCUGAGCUUCAACAGCAUGGCUAUAAUGGAAUUUUUAGUCCUAAGUCCAGAGCAAGAACAAUGACAGAAGAAGAUAGAAAAUAUGUGGAUGGCUGUGCCAUAUUUUUUAGAACCUCCAAGUAAGUCAUCUGAUGGCAACUUUGAUAAGAAUACUGCUAAGUAAAGGGAAUAUGCAGGGUUUUGAAGUAAAUGUAAUUUUUUUGGUGCAUUACCCAAGUUGUGGGAGUGGAAUUUUUUUGCUACACUACAACACUGAAAAGAACAACAGCAAAUUCCUACAUUGGGUCAUUUUCCCUUCCUAUUUUGCUUUGAGAGUUUCUGGUAUGUUUAACCUAGUGUCUAUCUUAAAGUCCUUAGGGUGUCCUUAAACUGAACCCACAUCCAUAGUGAAGAUUUGUUUUGAGAUAGUUAUACAGUGUACUCUUUUUGACCCAAGCCUCAAACUUUAUUUCUUUGAUGCCCAAGGUUUGCACUGCACAUCUCAUCAGAGUUGAAAACUUUUGAUUCCUUAAGGCUGGAUGAAUUACUGGGAAACCUCCUGCAAUAAAGUGGUCUUCUAUUAGAGAUAACCAGGAAUUCUCCAAAUUAGCUUGUUAAGGGUAGUAGGCUCUUCUGAUACCUUAUGAAAAAGCAAACUCCUUCUCUGAUUACAUAAAUUUAUCAUUUCAGAUUUAGCCUUGUCAAAGAGUACUUGAUUGAAUUCAAUCAGUUGGCAAUGCAAAAUGCUACAGAAGCAGAAGAUAUGCUGAAUAGAGUGAUGACAAAAGACAACAUUGGAAUCACAGCAUUACUUGAGCUCAAGGAGGGCUACCUUAAUUAUGGUAAUGAUGUGAACAUGCCGCGGCAGCAGGUGCUUGUGUCCAAUGUGCAUAUUCACUGGGAUCCAGAGUUCAAGGAUGUGAAGUUAAUUCAAUCAGUCAUGUUGAUGCAUGAGUUAAUGACCAUCAUGCAGGAGAUUAACCCUGGCUUUAUGGUACAGGGAGGUAGGUUGUAUAUAUUUUGUCUGGUAAAAUUUCCCUGAAUGAAUAUUAUGAACCUAAUACAAAUAAAGGCAGAGGUGCUGCGAGAAUGAACAAUGGAACUUGAAGUAAAGUUGCCUGGUGUGUUUGAGGUUGCUCUCACAGAGUCUUUCUCCACCCAGGAGUAGUUAUGGGUGUUGCCUAUUUUUAAUUAGAAACUAUACAAAAUUAUGGGGACAAGUUACCCAACAAUGGACUGGUGUCCCAUCAAGAAGGAUUAGGAAUAUUCUGUGUCAUUUCCCAGUUUCUGACAGUCAGAUAUAAUCUUUGGCAUGAUGUUGUUUGGGGCCAGUUUAUUAUCUGGCAAACAGUAGAUGAGAACAGAAACUGAUCAGCUGAUUUUCCCAAAUUACCUGAAGUAUUUCAUGUACUGUAGAAUGAAAUGGACAGCAGUUACAUGUUGAAUGGACAGUGAAGAAUUUUCAUUUGAGGUGUCAAGGUGACCAGUCAGGAGUUGAGGCUGUUAUUUUUGGUUUCACUUUACUGCUGUGAUGAUAUUCAGUCAGGUUUUUACACUAAAGAGUCAAAACAGUCAGUACUACUGAUGAUGUUCCUUUUCUUGAGGCUGCCCCCUUGUCGAGACUAUGUUGUCUCCAGGGAACUGCAUAACUCCUUCAUUACAAGUAUAAUGCUACGUAACGUGCACUACUUAUGCCUAAAGGUUCGUCGUUUUUAUCUCCUCACCAUAGGUAAAAAUGGCACUGCACCAAGUAAGUCAAUCCCAUUAGUGUGCUGCGGUGAUCUUAACUCACUCCCUGAAUCAGGGGUAGUUGAGUUCCUGGACAAUGGGAGAGUCCGGAUUGACCAUGGUGACUUCUUGGACAUGAAAUAUGAUGGAUUUCUAUCACGCCUCAGCAAUGGCAAAAACGGAGAAAAGUGUGGAGACCUUACCCACUGCUUCAAGCUCCAACGGGCCUACUCUGAAGACCAGAUGUCUUACAGCAACCUUACGUAUUCAUUCACAGGUGUGAUUGAUUAUAUCCACUACACAUCUGACCUUCUCGUUCCACUUGGCGUACUCGGCUCUGUCAGUCAGGAUUACAUCAAAGGGAACAAAAUCAUCGGAUGGCCACACCCACAUUUCCCGUCAGACCACCAGUCACUGCUCGUGGAAUUCGAGGCUUUAAGCUUCAGCAAUGGGGUACCUGUUUAUGGGUACAUUCCAAGCUCUCACCAUCCCAGGUAGUGUUAGAUUCUCGCGUGAUAACAAUGUUGUAAAUUUGUAACAAAAGAGUUGUAAAGAGGCUGAGUUGAAGCAAGCCAUUUUUAAGGAUCUAGUCACUAGACGUGUUUUGUAUUCUACCAGGAAAAUGUUCACCGGCAUAUUUUCCCUUGAUUCAGUUUUAUAGACCUUUUUGACUUUUGUUUUGGUAAAAGGAGAAUGGGAGCUGCUUUAAAGUUUAAAUAGUUGGUUGCCAGAUAUAGUGCUGUACGUACAGCUUCAGGUGUGAAGCAAUAUUGUUCGGCUUUAAUUUAAUUUAUCUAUUUCGACAGUAAUUUAUUGAGUUAGCCCAGUAGUGUUCAUUAUAAUAUAUUGCAAUUCAUUGUUAACUAUAAUAUGUGGCCUAAGCGUGAUAUUUAAUUUCUUUAACAAUUCGCAAUUCUUUUGCAAACCAUGGGCGGUCAAAACGUGCUGUAAGACGUAAAUGCCACACAAAUAGAGUUAUCCUCUAUAUAAGAGCUAUUUUAAAAAGGAACUUGAAUUUAUCAAAAAAAGGCAGGUAGUGAAAAUUAUAGUUUUCAUUCCCAUAUCCCAUCUUGUGUCUAGCCUUUAAUGGCAUUUUUCAAUGGAUGCAGAAAUUGUGCAACUUAUUUCAGACGAGCUCGUUCACUUACAAAAUGUUCGUAAUCUUCCACUUGUCGCUUAGAAUUGAACAGUCUUCGAUGCUGUUGUUGCAGUUGCAUUGUACUUGCACAUAAGACUAAAUUGACACGUAUAAGCGUCUUUGCUGUAUGUACACGACAUUGUACAAUAUCAUCUCAACAAAUACAUUCGUGAACUAUAUCUUAACCAACUUGCUAAAACACUUUCAUUUUCCUUUACCAGCAGCUUAACUCGACAUUUUAUUUUGGCGUUUUCAUUUUGUCUUCCUUCUGUUCUUGGAGAUUAAAUGUGUACUAUGUGUUGAAUAAUUUGGAAGGAGGUUGUGGGGGACUUAAACAAACUGUCUUGCAUUACCUCCCACUAUCUUCUCGAAAAUAGUCAUUUUAUUCAAAGAUCCUAUUUCCGUUUUAGUGAAGAUCACAAUUUAUAUGAUUCUUUUAGUUUUGUUUUAGAUUUUGUUGUUUUGUGCUUUUUUCCCGAUUCUUUUUCUCUUCACCUAUAGUUCGGAAAUCAUCUGAAUAUGCAGCCACGAACUAUAUAAACGCCUCACACAAAAUGCUUCAGUUUACGUGCAAUACCUGCAUAAUCGAUUUUCAUUUGUAGAUCUUAGCAAGGUUUCAUGUACGAUACUGUGCAUGUAACAUAUUACAUAUAGAGCGUCAGGUUAUAUAAACUUUGUACAUAUUCUACCCAUGUGAAGCUUCAUCCAAUCAUAUUUCAGCUUUUGACAGAGCGAUUCACACACGAUUGACAUGUUGCGUGACGUGUGUAGAACCAUACAUGUCACGUAAAAAGAAGCAUUCUGGUAGCUUUCGGCAGAUUUGCACGAAAAGCUGAAAAGAGCUAAACGGUUCUGGAUUUGCUUUACAUGGUUGGAAUAAGUGUAUUGACAGUUUUUUUUUUCUCCACGAAAGAGAAGGAAGGUUGUAUCGUAAAGCGUUUUCAUAGUAAUAUUUAUGUGUAGUAAACUAGAGUUUUAUUUAGAGUUGUUUAGUCAGUCAAUGCGCUGAAAACAUACAUGCAACGUACUUAAGGCAACUGGUAUGAUUACCGCGAACGAAACCUCUUCAUAUCGAUCAACAAUUUCAAUUUCAUCACGUUGAUGACGCUUCUGUUUGCUCGUGGUCCAAGAACAAUCAGGUAACUCAGUUGUGGACUUCUUUUCUCCUUCUCAUUUGCCUUUCAAACGCAUGUUCACGUUUUCAGAUGUGAGUAAUCCGCCCUCUAGUGGCUGCCUGUUGUCGGAAAUUCUUUUAAUAACAGCUUUUAGAGCUCAAUUUAUUUUACAGUAUGGUGUAUUAUAAAAACGUGUGAUAAAUUACAGUCCCUUCAACGUUUGUUAUAUGUGUGGGUGUUCAUAACACCCCAUCAUUGUUACCUUAAAGGACCUGAAAUCAGUGUAUGGUAAAGAUUACUAGUGGACGAAGGCAUAUAGAUUGUUAGUGAAGCGGAAUAAUAGGGUGGAAGGUGCUGAUUCUUCAGCACAGUUGGUGCAAGUUUAGUCCAACACUGGACCAUAUGGGAGACAGGAUGAAGUAUCCUGAGGGAUGAAAUGGUUAUUUGUAUUCAUCUGUUCUGGCUGGUCAAUGAGAGAUGUCUGUGUUGUUUCAUCACUAUUUUGUAAUGGUUUCUUUUAUCAUGUAAUGCAUUCAACUAAAACUUAGUUGUCAAUUUUCAACCCGCUUGGUUAUUUUAGUCUCCAGUGCAGCGGAGAUAAUGAAUAAUUGAUCUGUUUGGUUUGGUUAAAUCAUUAUGGCUAGCUAUUUAUAGCCGUGCAGAGGAAUUUAUCAAAAUUUCAGAUGUCAUUUCAUUUUGCAGUAUGUCAUCACAAUUACAAUGAAACAUCCAACCUUUUUCAAUGACCAGUAAAACAUUGGGAUCAUUAUUUUGUUUUACCUACACAAUUUUGCCAAAAAACGUUUUUGUUUUUCUCAUGAGUGACAAAAUUCGCACACUGUCAUUAGUAUUGCAGUAUAUUUUGUGCAGUUUUGGAGGGGGUGAACUUGAUUUUCAGCACGGUGGACUAUUUUUGAACGUGUUUCAUAGUGUGGUACGUACACUGGGUGGGGCUAACUUGGACUGGCUUUUUAUAUUCCAAAUAAAAGUGUGCGACUUUUGUUUUAUUAGUUUUACACUGUGCAGUUCUUGCUUUUUUUGAUCACCAUUUGUAGUUUACAGUGAGGUGGUAGGUUUGUAGACCGGUUACAAGGGUUAUUGUAGAUUGUAACUCGUACUUUUUAACAGAAACUGGCAUUUAUGAGAAAAACGGUAAACUACUGGAAUAAAAUCAGUGAACAAAGUCAGCUUGGAAUUUAUCUCGUCUAAUUUGUUUUUAUUUUUGUUUUGUCUUGUGUGUGGCUUGUUUUUGGUUGGUUGUUUCUUUGUCAGAUAACAAUGAAGAAAUGUAAAAUGGUUUCCGUGUUUACAUAGCCUGAUGUAAACACGCGGGAGGUUGGGAGAACACGAGAUAAGC